CCCUUCCGGCGAACGCGAAAGGACUGCUGGGAGCGGCGGGCCGGCGGCUCCUUCUUGGAAGGCGGGGGCCGGAUCCUCCACGCCCCUCGGCCGCUGCGCUGCUCCCUGGCCCGCGCUUCCCUCGCCAUGUCCGCCCUGGAGAAGCAGCUGCAGCUCGGCCGCCUGCCCCCUCGCCCUCCGGGCCCCGCGGGCGGCAGCGGCCAGGCCCCUACCAAGAUGCGCAUGGGGCCUGGAAGAAAGCGUGAUUAUAGUCCAGUUUCUUGGAACCAAUAUUUUGAAUCCAUGGAAGAUGUUGUGGUUGAGACUGACUCCGGCAAGGAUACUUUUCGAGUUUACAAGAGUGGAUCGGAAGGUCCUGUGCUGCUCCUUCUUCACGGCGGAGGUCACUCUGCCCUCUCCUGGGCUGUAUUCACUGCUGCCAUCAUUAACCGUAUUCAGUGCCGGAUCGUGGCUUUGGAUCUGAGAGGACAUGGUGAGACCAAAGUGCGGAAUCCCGAAGACCUCUCUGCAGAAACCAUGUCCAAAGACAUUGGCAACGUGGUGGAAGUGAUGUAUGGAGACCUCUGCCCUCCCAUUAUGCUGAUCGGGCACAGCAUGGGCGGUGCCAUUGCUGUGCACACAGCAGCGUCCAAUCUGGUGCCCAGUUUGUUAGGUCUCUGCAUGAUUGAUGUUGUGGAAGGGACAGCCAUGGAUGCCCUCAACAGCAUGCAAAACUUUCUUCGGAGUCGCCCGAAAACAUUCAAAUCUCUGGAAAAUGCAAUCGAAUGGAGUGUGAAGAGUGGGCAGAUCAGAAAUCUCGAAUCAGCUAGAGUAUCCAUGAUCGGCCAAGUCAAACAGUGCGAAGAAGCCACGAGCCCUGGAGGCCCCAAAGCCAUCGUGGAAGGAAUUAUAGAAGAGGAGGAAGAGGAUGAGGAAGAUGGUGAGAAUGGUGAAUCUGUGAACAAAAAGAAGAAAGAUGAUGAUGUGGAGACCAAAAAAGAGGCAGCGUACACAUGGCGGAUUGAACUGGCAAAGACGGAGAGAUACUGGGAGGGCUGGUUCAGGGGCCUCUCCAACCUCUUCCUCAACUGCCCUGUUCCCAAACUACUGCUUUUAGCAGGCGUUGACAGGCUGGAUAAAGAUCUCACCAUUGGCCAGAUGCAAGGGAAAUUCCAGAUACAGGUCCUGCCACAGUGUGGCCACGCAGUCCACGAGGAUGCUCCAGACAAAGUUGCCGAAGCCGUUGCAACGUUCUUGGUCCGUCACAGGUUUACAGAGCCCAUUGGCGGAUUUCAGUGCGUUUUUCCUGCUUGUUAGUAACCUGAUGGUCCUUCUGCACCAACCCCUCUUGUAAAUAAAACGACAUCGGAAGCACCGUGGCAUGUUCCGUAUCCUUCCCAUCACCCCGGUUCCGUCAUCAGCUCCGGCCCAUCGGCGCAAAUCUCAUCGCGUAGAACUUGGUCCCCGGCUCGGUCGGUUUCCAUCUCCCUGCUCCUGUCUGGCUGCAGCUUUCCUUUUGCCUGGCUGGGGCAUUUCCCCCUCCUUCCGAGGAAGCGAGCUUUGAAAAGCGGCUGUGGGUGAAGUCACAGACGCUCGCCUCUCCUUGGUACGAUUCUGCUCCCUGAAGCUAAUAUUGGGAGCUUGAGAUCUUCGGCCUGGAAGAACCUAACCAAACCUUCCUUCGCCCACUCCCUGCUCCUCCAAGGUCAUGUAUAAGUUGCCACCCUGUUAGAGGGCCUAGAUUAUAUUCUCCCAAGCAUGGAUGUGCGCGGCCGUCCCCGGAGCACAGCUUCCAGCAUUCCUAGCCAGCUGCUCUGGGAGUCUGUUGCAGCCCCAGCAAACCUGGAGCGUGACAGGCUGGGGGAGCCUCCCCUCGCACGUUGUCAGAAGGCAGAAUUCGUUUCUCUGCUCUCCCUUGUACUGGAGGGGGUCUGCACGGCACAGCCCAGGAGUGGACCGCUGGCUGAUUAAUCAUCUGCUAGCCCAUCCCCGGGCAUUUGCACAAAGGGCAUUUGGGUUUGACCCCGCAGAGGCCAUCUCGAAAGGGGGUGCCUGGACAGAUCCAGGAAAAUAGGCUGUAUUGCGACAGAGGUUUUCCCAGCCACAAAAGGGUUCCAGAUGUCUCCCGGCACCGCUGGCUCUCCAUUGAUUGGGAAAUCAAAGCCAGAGGGGCUUCUUCCAAUUCAAAAUGUGUACACGCUUGCUUCUGCUGGUACGGUUUGAGAAUAAGGAAGGAUAAAAGUCUGGAGGGGCAGAAGAGGGCGUGAUUUGGGGGAGGGGAGAGGCCUGAGCCUUGUUUUUUGUGUUCUUCACCUGUGGUGGCCAAACCUUUUUUCGAUUGCCCCUUGAAUUCCAGUACCUGCUCCCUGCAGGCCAGUUUGCAAGUCCAGAAAGUGGGAAUAACUGUCUGGAAUCUGCAAAUAAGUCUCUGUGAUUUUUAUUAUUUUGUGGGGAGGGUUGUCCUAAAGCUUCAAGGUCCCUCCAGCUUUAGCCACGAGGACAAGUACCCUUUCGGGUUUUGCAAUAGCAGAUGCGGGGGAGUGUUUUUGGGUUGGGGCUUCAGGUAGAGAUGGGUAUCAGCUUUUGCUGGGUCUACCUGCGACCAAAUCCUUUUCCAACUCCUCUCGGCAAAAUCUGCAAGGGACGAGAAGGAGUGCAGGGUUGAGGCCACAGGACUGGUGUAUUCCCAGGCCCAAUCUGCAGGGGAAGUUCUCUUGCAUUCCUCCCACCGAAAUGAACCAGUGUACCGGAUAUUUGCAAGCCCACUUCCUCUGUAGGACAGGUGCUCUUAGGAGGCCAGAUAGUGGAACCUUCUGCCAGGUAUGUGCAAAAGAGAUCCAUUUCUUAUGAAAGGGUGGGCGGGUCACCAGGAUGUACUGGAGGUACUGCCCCCUCUUUCCUUCUCAAACCUCCCCCCACCAGACUGUUUCAAUUGCAGUCUUUCCAGCCAAGAAUCUGCUGUCACUCACAGUCUCGGCUUGCUGAAGCUCUGCGGGGAAGAAUUAUAUGAGGACCAGCCUUUGUCCUCCAUUCUCGGGGGGGGCCACAGAGGUGUUCCUCUGCCUUCCAAACUCCUUGCCUGCCUUCUGUUCUGUGGGCUAGGAAGAUGCUCCUUAUGUUGGGCAGCCCACUGGUAGUGAAGGGGGUCCCUGGCUGCAGCCCUCGUUGGAGAGAAUAACCUUUGCCACAAGCCAGUUUUGAUGCUCCCCUCGUAGCUCAGCCCUCUCUUGCUUGGAUCAGCGUUUCUCCAAGGUGGGAUCGGCCAUUCCCCACUUUCACCCUGGACCAGGGAAGGAGGGCUUCAAUCUUGCGGCUCCAGCAACAUCUGGAUCCCUGGAGGGUCGUCUUCCCCAGCUUUUGGCUGGAAGGAUGGCAUUGCCUCGGCCUAAAACUCUUGGGAAGCUGGGUGAGCCGUUGAGAAGGCCCGUUCGAUGGUUUCGUUCCACAGGGUUCAGUUUCCGAUCCGAAAAUAAGAACAUCCCUUUUUCCUGGCUGUGUGUGUCUGUGUGUGUGCGUAGGUACGUUUGUAUACAUGGAUCGUAAAGUCACGUUUGCUUCGGCCGCCCCUCACGCCCUUCCUCUUGGGCUGCUGGAAUUUGAUCGCUUCUGACUGCGCAAAGGGAUGGCCCCAAUUCAGGAGAUACUUUGCUAACAUUUGGGGCCUGUUCUGCUCGCCCGAAUUCCUCCCCGCUUCCUCCCUGAUCUCUGGCAUAAUUUUUUUCCUCCUGGGAAGAAAACUGUCCUUAGUAGUUGUUUUCCAUAAAGACCGUGUCCCCAUUUUCUCAUGGUCCCUUCCAUAAAACAUACUCUUCGCUUUCUUAAUAAACAUACUGUAUGUACCCCGUGGGGGGGGGAGAGGUUUUUUCCCCCCCGUUAUUCCUGCUGAGGACUAUCCUUGUUUUAUGAAAAUAAAUAUUUCGCUACCUGC